GGCAUCUAAAAAGCUGCUGCGUAAAAAGAAAAGAGGAGAAGAAGAAGAAAAAGCGCUCGAGUCAAAGUUUGUGACUCAGAGACCCAGCAGCCCACCCAGGCUGAGAUCGAUGACUCCGAAUCCAUUCUCUGUUCAAUAUCUCGAUCCGUUUUCUGUCUCGAGUUCAUCCGCUCGUGCAGCUCCGUGUCCUCUCUGAGGCGCGCGUAAAAAAAAAAAAAAAAAAAAAAAGGAAAAAAAAGAGGAGGCUGGGUCCAAAUCUGAUCCAAAACUCUGACAGCUCCUGACCUCGCGGCCGCUGCGCGUCUGGCGCACUGCGAUUAGGAAGAGGGGGAAAAAAUGAUGUCACGCGAAGCCACAAGGGGACCUGGGAUUUACCAAAUACCUUCCAGUUGAGCAGGAGUCCUGCCAAGUAAGGGACAACCUCCUCCUCCUCCUCCUCUCUUCCUCCUCUUCCAGCGGCGACAAGUGCAGAGAAUCGACGGAGGAGAAUUGAGCAAAUUAUCUACUUUUUGCGCGCUCCUUCCUGGACGGUAACGAUCGACGAGGUCUCGGCUCUCCGCACGCCGCUAUCGAGCGAGCCGCGGCCGUCAAUAAGCGAGGGGGAGCUGGGCAGCCGAUUAGGAGAGGGGGGGUUCCCCGGCAGAUGAUGCCCUUUCCUGCGGGCCGGUGAGGAGCAGCACCGACCCCCGGCUUCCCUCCAGCAGCUUCUCGUUGUUGUUGUUGUUGUUGUUUUCGUGGCGGCGCGGUUGAUGCGGAGGUGAUGGACGGUCCUCUCCGCCGCCCAGCGGGGAUCCUCGGCUCCCCCCCGGCUUCUGGGAGCCAGCCCGCGGGCUCCGACAUGCUCACCUCCGGCGGCAGCAGCAGCAAGCCUCUCGCUUUCUCCAUCGACCGGAUUAUGGCCAGGACGCCCGAGCCCAAGUCGAUACCGCUCCCCAGCUGGUUCCAGUCCGCUCCCGUGGGGAAACCCGACGUCUGCCCGUCCUCGCUGCAUUGUAUGAUCCCGCUGGUGCCGCUCGGCUACGAGCCGGGCCACCGGCUCAGCAUCAGCGGGCUGGAUCCGGGCCACCUCGACGCGUCCUCUCUCGCCGCUCCCGCAGACUUUUUGGGCUUCGGGUUGAACUAUAAGAACCAGCAGGAGGACUCCGCUGUGAGCCAGAGCGCCGGCCAGUACAAACUCUUCAGACCCCGGGUGGUGAACCAGUCCUCCUUCCCCACCAUGGGCACCGUGUGCUACCUGAACUGCAGCGGGGACGGCGGCGCGUGUCCUCCGCCGGCCGGCCUGGUCAACCUGCACCCGAUGGCCUCGUACCUGCUCACCGCCCGGCACAAAGCCUUCAUGGCUGAGAAGAGCAAGCCGGGCCUGCAGCAGGCCGGGGAGCGGUACCCGGUGUCCGGCGUGCAGGCCUUCAAGGAGCUGUCUCAGAGCCAGAUCCAGCACUACAUGAAGGAGCGGGACCAGAUCCUCACCGACAAGAUCUUCAAGGGCUCCGCGGCGGCGGCGGCGGCGGCGGCGGCCCGGCUGAGCGGCUCCUGUCCCGGCAGCAAACCCAAAGUCUUCACCUGCGAGGUCUGCGGCAAGGUGUUUAACGCGCACUACAACCUGACCCGCCACAUGCCCGUGCACACCGGCGCGCGGCCGUUCGUGUGUAAAGUUUGCGGGAAAGGAUUCCGACAGGCGAGCACACUGUGCCGGCACAAGAUCAUCCACACUCAGGAAAAACCGCACAAGUGUAAUCAGUGCGGGAAAGCAUUCAACCGCAGCUCCACGCUCAACACGCACACGCGCAUCCACGCGGGAUACAAACCGUUCGUGUGCGAGUUCUGCGGGAAAGGAUUCCAUCAGAAAGGAAACUACAAGAACCACAAGCUGACGCACAGCGGCGAGAAGCAGUUCAAGUGCUCCAUCUGCAGCAAGGCGUUCCACCAGGUGUACAACCUCACCUUCCACAUGCACACGCACAACGACAAGAAGCCCUUCACCUGCCCCACCUGUGGGAAGGGCUUCUGCAGGAACUUUGACCUGAAGAAACACAUCAGGAAGCUGCACGACCCGGCCGGCCCUCAGUCGCCUCCGCAGGCCUGAGCGCCGACUCCGUCCGACCCGCCUCGUCCCCCACACGCCAAAAAAAAACAAAACAAAAAAAACCCACAUCAGGUCGGCUGUGACCUCCGUCAGGCCUGGAGCUGAACUUUAGUCCUCGUGUGGCAGCAGAUCUGUGGAGCCCUGUAGACUUUCUGUGCCCUCAUGUCACCGAUCUGUGCGCUUGUCCCCCCAAAAUGAGAAACUUUGAGCCUCUAAUGACUUAAUAAUUAGUUUCUUUGGUGGCUGAUUGUCUCACAUCCUCCAGAUAUCAGCCAGGCAAAAUAUCUUUAAUUCACUGUCUUGAAGACGAUUAGAAGAACGUUGAAAGAGGCCCAGAUAUCCCGACUUUUACUCCACUUCCCAUAAUGCAACUGGAUGUUAGUGUCUUUUGAUCAGACGCUUCCUGCCCGCAGCUUUCAGUCUCCUCGUGUCAGGUUUGUAACGUCGUCUUUCAUGUCACCAAGCUCAAGCUGAGUUAUAACCCCGAUGACGUCACUGUGACGUCAUCGGGGUUAUUUCCUCAGACGUGACCGGCCUGAGAGAGUCAGCGGGGGAAAAUCUAGACUUUUGAUUUGGACAAAUCUCUGACGGACAGGGACGAUGAGCAGUCAUGGGGUUCAGGGGGCGGAGCAGCUUCGGUUUGUCUUUCAGUCAGGCAGUAUUUCUAAAGAUCUGAGUUAAAGACACAUUUUUAAGUGAAAUCUAUUAAAUCCAGCAGUAUUUUCUCACGCUCUGAUAUAUUCCGAUCCUUACCUUGCUGAACUUUUGAGUCAGGGUGGUGUUUGUUUCGCUCAGUAGUCCACAAAGUCUGACAUGUUUCACUCCAGAGUCCUUUAAACAACGAGCAUUGUAUUUGUACUAACUCCCCUCAUGUGACUCGCUCUCGUCCUCGACUCCUCUCGGGCCCGUUGACCUCAGACUCGACCCCGCCAUCUUGAACUUCACCCUGAAAAAGCCAUCAGGACGCCUCUCAACACCUCCAGGCCUGAUACGACCCCUGACCUCUGACCCCUGUGGCCCGGAAGCUGACAGGAGGAACCCGGCCGACCCGGCAGCGUCUGUCGUCACGGAGGACGAGCUGAACUUUGACUCUCCCGCCCUCUGAACAUUAGCCAGUUAUAUUAAAAUGGUGGCUAAUUAUUA